AUGAGCAACUAUUCCCGACGCCCCGAUACAAAUGACUCCUACGGAUUGAUGAAUCCUCCCAUGAACGUGCCCAAUCCUUACACCCACCCAGAUAGCAGUCAUCAUGACUUUGGCACCGCAGCUUCUUCAGCCUCGUAUCACUUCCCAUCGCAUUCCUACAACCCUUAUGGAUCCCAAUUCAGCUCUCCAUAUGGGCAACAAGCCACCUUGUCGCCGGGCAUUCAGCACCUGCAAUAUGCUUCGGACCAGACGAUUUCGUCGAUGAGCAUGGUAGACGAUCUGAGACUGCACUCUCACCAUCAUGCACAUCAGCAUCAACACCAGCAUUCUCAUUCGCAAUCGCAUGCUCCUUCGCAGUAUAUGGCACAGUCGCGGUAUAUGCAAACCCCUAGGUACUUGCCGCUCCGAGAUGCCCUGAGCGAAACGGAGAUUGAGAGUCAGGAGUCUCGAAACGAGGGCACAAUGUUGUCGGAGCCGGUUGUGCCAGCUUUGGAUGGGUUUCCGGAUGUGAAGGAAUUCGAUCAAUUGAUGCAAAGCUAUGUGGACGAUCUCUCUGUCAAAAAGCAGGACAAGGCAUUGAUCCAUUCGAAGCGAGCACGAAACAUUCGCACUGUCCUGAUUGAUCCCAAAGAUACAGCUGUUGAAUCGGCUCAAUUUCGCUUCUGGGUCAAAAAGAUGUUCAAACUUCAAACCGUAGGGAUUGGAAAUACCGAUUGCCGAAAAAUGAUCUGCCAUGAAGGCAAGCCUGUCGCGAUUCGUGAGAAACUUUUCAAGAUUCUCACCAGAGCUCAUCAACAGUGUCAACAUGGGGGUCGGGACAAGACUUCUGCUCAAGUUCGUCGCAUAUACUCCUGGGUCCCCAAAGAACUCAUCUCGCGCUUUGUCAAAAUCUGUCCAACUUGCCAAGUUCGUCGUGGCGGAUCUCGUCUCACUCCUCCAAACUCCCGCCGUGGCUCUCCCCGUCUGGAAUUGAUUCCUCGAUCUCCCAAACUCCCCUCUCCACCGAUCGUCAAGCGAGAUUCUUCCUCAUCUUAUGGUGCUCAUACCACUGCACCGGGAGCUGGAGCUCGGACCGGAACUGGCACGGUAACUCCCACCCAGUCGGACUACAUGGGUCAAUACCACAGUCACAGUCACAGUCACGGCCACAAUGCAUGGAUUGACUCCUCGUCGCAGAACUUGCAGAGUCGAUCGGCUGUCGCGCUGCGCUCGUACCCAGCGGGUUCCGGGUUGAACCCGACUCAUCAUUCUCAUUCCAUGGCGCAGGGGUUGGAUCCCUUUGCGGAAGACAUGGCCUUGACACCCUCGCAACUGGGGUAUGCGACGGGGUAUGUGCCCUCUCAUCAUGGGGAGUCUGGCCAUCGUGAAUAUUGA